UCGUUUGUGGCGAGAACAAUAUUGUCAAUGGGUUGGAAAGAUACUAUGAAUGAAAUGCAACAUUGGUGUUCUUUGAUAAAGAAAGUAACUGUUUUAUGGUUUUGAUGCAAUGUUGUAUAAAUAAUUAUAUCAUUUUAAAUAUGGCUGACACAAACACUAACGAUAAUGCUACCCAUACGAUUUCGUCUCAGAAUUCAGUUGACAGUCGCAAAAAUGAAUGGAUCAAAUUAAAUGUUGGCGGAACAACAUUUAUGACAACUAGAACAACACUGUCAAAGGACUCCAAAUCAUUUUUAUACAGAUUAAUACAAGAAGAAGGGGAAUUGAAUACCGAUCGUGAUGAGAAUGGUGCCUAUCUUAUAGACCGUGAUGCGGCCUACUUUGGUCCAGUGUUAAAUUACCUGCGUCAUGGCAAACUUGUAUAUAACAAAGACUUAGCUGAGGAAGGUAUUUUAGAAGAAGCAGAAUUUUACAACAUAACAGACUUGAUAGUUUUAGUGCGAGACAAAAUUCGUGAAAGGGAUGCCAAGCAAAAUCAGACAUACAUGAAGAAUGUUUACCGUGUUCUACAAUGCUCGGAAGAGGAACUCACUCAGAUGGUCUCCACCAUGUCUGACGGAUGGAAGUUUGAACAGCUAGUGAACAUCGGGUCUCAGUAUAACUAUGGUUCGGAGGAUCAUGUUGAGUUCCUAUGCGUUGUAUCGAAGGAGUGCCCCACCAGCCGUAAUGGACCAGAGACCAAACCUACCGACAGGGCAGAUGUGUUACAACAGAAAGGGUCCCGAAUGUGAGGGUACAUGCUGCUUGUCUAGUUUCUUCACAGUGUCUGUGUUUGAGGCCAUGGAACAGUUGGUUAAAGGCUGAGCCGGACCUGAACAUUCAGUCUUUAAUCUGGGAAUGAGAGUGUUGAGAAAUGAAUACUGGUGAAAACAUAUGUGCCAAUAUAGCCCGGGAACAACCCUACAACAUGGAUCUUCAGUGAAAUCUUGAAAUCUUUUUUGUUGUUCAGAAUUUUAGUGAGGAAAUUAACAAUGGGGGGGACUUAUUUUACACUAAUACUUUCUCGUAUGACUUUUGAAAUGUCGAACGGUCAUAAUUAUGAAGUUAUGAAUUUAAUUUAGUGGAUAUAAAAAAAAUGGUCAUGACUUUUUGAGUUUUAUUUAAACACAGUUUAUUUCAUGGGGUUUAAAAUCGGCCGUAUUUGAAUUUCUGUUGAUGAUGAAGAUUUAAGGCCUUACCUAUGUUUAAUAUUGUUUGUAUAUUGUAUUCUGUUGUUUUGAAUGCAAAUAGAAACAAAUCCCAAAAUGAAUAGAGCUGUACCCUUAUAAUAGUGUUUUGAAAGUCCACAGCGAAAGGAAGAAAGAUAACUCACAGUGCAUCACCAUUUUCCCAGUUUCUAAAGCGUCUGGGUUUAAAAAGAUGAUUAUUUACAUUUAUUUCAUGCUUUCCGCUGGUUUACCAAUACAAAUGGUAGAUUAUAUGCUUGCUGAUGAACUCUCACUGUAUGAAAAAGUGAGAAUGACGAAAUAUAAUUUCACUGCUUCUUUCAUUAAAUAAGCCCUUUUCACUGUAAAAACGCUAAAUGUAAGUGCUGGGAAUGAAAUCAAGGAUGUCAUUUCUGAUUUGAUAUAUCAUUUGGCUUAAAGUUUUCGCCAAUUUCAAAUUAAAUAUUGAGUAUUUUUUCUGAAUUAUAAGCAUGAAAUAAGGAAAGAAAAAAAUGUCUUUCACUGUGUAAGAUUGCAAAAUAUUUCACCUGAUGAACACUAAAAGUAAAUAUUUCACUGGUGGGAAAAAUCCUUGUGAAAUGUUACUUCUGCAGGUCACUUGGUGAAAUAAUAUUGCAAUCUUAGACUGAAACUAACCAUUAACCCCUGUAUGUAUAAUUGGAAUCUGUUAUCAUGGUGAGUUAUGAUUAAUGAAUAUUGACCCAUCAUUAACUUGAAUUUUUCCUUCCUUCACAUAGUUAGUCCAAGAUGAAUCAGUAAAUGUUUGGAAGAUAAUUCUCCUGGUGUAUAUUUUGUGAAAAUCACCAGUACUGCCAGUAACUAGAUAUUGUGUUCAAUAUUAUCCUUCUUCGUUUUUUUUGUAGUUUUUUUUUGUAUUCCUAAAUGAUAUUUAAGAUACUUUGUUAAUGUUUGUGUUAGCUCAAAAAAUAUUUCAUUGAUUAAACACAACAAAAAACUAUACUUAAAUUGUCUGUGAGAUGCAUUUUAUGCACAUUGUUUAUCACUUAAAGUAACACCUAUACUAAGGGAUUUUGCUAAGGCCAAAAAAAAAAUUCAUUGUUUCCAUUAACUUCUAAAAAAAAAUAGGGUAGGUGGUAGGCGUAACUUUUUUUUCUAUUAUUGGAAUUGUGAUUCUGUACCAAACCGACCUAUAUCAGGGGUGGUUUUCAAUAAGCGACUUAAGUCCAUCUUAUGGUUAUGCAUCAUUGACUUCAUUCACUGUAUAGGUCUGUAAUUUAUUGAGUAAUCAGAUUAGCUACAUCGUUCUUAGAUCCAAUUAAGGCCAAUAUUGAAUACCAUCCCAUGGUAUAAAUCACUAUUGUAGAAAAUUUUAAUUAAAGAUUAUCAAAUUUUAACAUGUUCACUCAAUAAAUGCACAAUUUUUAGGAAAUUACGGGGGAAAAGUCCACACUAGGGCGUGAAAAAAUGAAGGGUUGGAAGCAAAAAAUAGAGCUGGUCGAAUUAGUGCAAACAAACAAAAACUUUUAACACCUUAUGGGUUGUAAGUAUAUUACUCCAUAGAAAUUGGUUAUAGCUUCCUAAAGAACAGAAACUUGCAACAUUUUGGAUAAAACUUCCAAUGGUGAAAGGUUGAAAGUUUGAAAUAUCAAUACCAGGGGCCAUGUCUACAAUCAGUCUUAAGUCACAGUUAAGUUAAGUUAAGUUAAGUCUCUGCUGUUUGAAAAAUAUGUGAUUUUGCAAACUCAGUGAGUUUAUUCAAUAUGCUGAACUUAAGUUUAAAAAAACGUAAAAUAAAGUACAAGUAAGAAGUGAUGUCACACAUAAUAACUGAUCAUCUGUAAAUCAAAGUCUUGGUUGCAAAUCAUUUCAUAUUUUGUCAGUAUAGUUGAUUGCUAUCAUUGUAUUUAUAUCCUGAAAUGGCAUUACAGUUUCCUAAAAUGAAUGAUAACUAUCCUUUACUUGUUUUAUUAAGAUAGAUAGAUAUCAUUCAUAUUUUACAUCUAAAUUUGAUAAGUGGACUUGAACGACGUAAUCAAAUUUCAGUUACUUUUUUAAUAGGAGCAAAUAUCCAAUAUUUUUAUGUUCUACUGUCUACCAGUGCUGACUCUUUAAGUAACUAGAAUGUACUUCAAUGAAAAACAUUUGACAUACAUAUAUGUAUUGAAUUAAUUGAAAUAAAUGAAAGUAUUCGAAUUCAAAAAAUAUUUCUUUAUUAUAUGUAAAUGGUAUUAAAGCUGCACUUUCACAGAUUGAACCUUUUGACAUUUUUUUUAUUAUUUUGUCUUGGAAAGGGCCAAUUUUUGUGAAAGACUGCUGACAAAAAAUUAGAUUGCAGAUUUUUAUAUUCAAGUUCAAAAAUUGAUAUUUUAUGCAUUUUUUUUAAACCGUUAGUAAUGGUUUAAGCCAUAAAACAUUAAUUUUCAAAUAGGAAUAUGAAAAACUGCGAUCUGAUCAUUUGUCAGCAGUCUUAUAUUACUGGUUUGCAGAUAUUUGUGCAAAAAUUGGCUCAUUCCAAGACUAAAAAUAAAAAAGUUGUCAAAAUGGUAAAUCUGUAAGAGUGCAGCUUUAAUUCACAUUGUUUGAUAUUCAAGGUUGUCUCGUUGUAUAUUUGUUUUAUUGUUUGACAUGUGACUAUAACAGAAUAUAAUUUAGCAGGAGUUUGAGCUUCUGCAUGUUUUAUUUCUGACUUCUGUAUGCAUGGUGCUUGAAUAAUCUUGAUUUUUGUAUACAUGUAGGCUUGUUUUGUCUCCAAGUCUGAAUAUUUUGUCUCAAUAUUUUGUCUCUUAGUCUGAAUGUUUUGUCUUCAAGUCUGAAUAUUUUGUCUCCAAGUCUGAAUAUUUUGUCUUCAAGUCUGAAUGUUUUGUCUUCAAGUCUGAAUAUUUUGUCUCCAAGUCUGAAUGUUUUGUCUUCAAGUCUGAAUGUUUUGUCUCCAAGUCUGAAUGUUUUGUCUUCAAGUCUGAAUGUUUCAUCUCCAAGUCUGAAUGUUUUGUCUCCAAGUCUGAAUGUUUUGUCUCCAAGUCUGAAUAUUUUGUCUCCAAGUCUGAAUGUUUUGUCUCCAAGUCUGAAUAUUUGUCUCCAUGUCUGAAUAUUUUGUCAAUACCAGUGUAAUUGAAGUUUUGAUGAGUUUUUACAAUUUUGCUUGGCACCAAUUAAUUAACAUGCUUUUAUAUUUAAAAUCCAAAAUUUGAGCAAGUCCGGAAAGCAAUCUACCAUUGCAUGGCUUGUACACAUGUGAUAAUUUAACCACCGUUGUCUUUGUAGUUAUUAUCUGUGACUACUUCUCAUUGAUUUUAGUUAACAUAAGAUCCUGUUGUUCUGUGACACUGUGAGUCAAUCCUUUGAAUGAGAAUAUCAACUGCCAUAGUCACUUACCAGGCAACCACGGUACACUAUUUUUUUCACACUACAUAAGUACUCAAUGAAACAGAAUUGUUUGACGGCAUGGUAAUUCAGACGUGGCUUAUUUGAAUUUGCAAAUGUUACUUAUUUGUAAAAUAGUACUAAAAUCAUCAUUUUUUUUAAAUAAUUUGAUAUAGUGCCAAGGUUCUUUAUUGAGCUGUUAUAUAUCACCUUGUUGUGCGCUUUCAUGUGUGAGUUUCAGCACUUGUUUUAGAAUACAUUAUACAUACAUGUAAAUGUUUGUAUACACACAUGUAAUAAGGUUUGUGGACUCUUAAGGCUUUUAUUGGUGUCAUUUUCUGAAAUUGAUGAAUAUUCAUUAUGAACCAUGGUGUAACUUGUUCUGUUAGUGUUCAGUUCUGUGGAAGUCAGUGUUCUGUUCUGUUGGAGUCAGUGUUCUGCUCUGUAGGAGUCAGUGUUCUGUUCUGUCUGUGUUAUUUUAUUUUACUGUUCUGUUCUGUGGGAAUCAGAGUCAAGGUUUUGUUCUGUCAGAGUCUAGCUGUGUUCUGUUCUGUCAGAGUCAAUUUUCUAUGAAUUCUGUCGGGAGUCAGUGUUCUGUCAGAUUCAGUGUUCUGUUCUGUCAGAGUCAGUGUAUAACAAAAACAAUGUGAGUUAGGCACAAAUUUGUAUUACCGGUAAUACUGACUCGAUAUGAUUUAUAGCGGCAGUGAAUUGGCAAUGUUUCGAAACGAUCGCAAGCUAAUGUUGGUUUAAGGACAUGGCAAGAUUUUUAAUUUUUUGCCUUCUAUUUGUAUGUACCAGUAAAGUACUAAAUCAUUCUGACACAAAUUUUAAGCUGAAAUUAUUAAAUUUAUAUACAUGCAUUAAAUCAAACUCGGGGUUCACUCAAAACAGCUGGUACCCAAGCUAUUAAGUAUGCUAUUGAGUUAUUUGCCUGUAAGCCUGAUGUAUUCAGUGGUGCAAACUUCCUCCGGUUCCUGGAUUAUUUUUUUUGAAUCUUAAACAAAAACACCAAGGUGCUACCCUGCAUUCCAAAAGGGGCCUAUCUGAGCCCCCUGGACCCCCAUUCGAUAAUAUAUUUAUAUUUUCAGUUAUUCUCAGCUCAUGAAACCAUCUCUUGCUUUGAUUCUAUCUUUGUUGAAAUCUAGGUAUGGUUAUUUUGACUAUAAUGGUAAAUCUUUGUAAUAAUGUUCAACUUUUUCUAAAGUACUGUUCAAGGUGCAUCAUGGUUCUGUAUGUUAACAUUUGCCAUAAAGUAAGAUAACUACUCAGGAAAGCUCAUUCAAAUUCAGUAUAAACAUGUGUCUAGUAGUACAUGUGUCCAUAGUACAGUGUUGUAUCAUUUUGUAGUGUUUAUUAAAGCGACCUGCUCAUGGUUUGAAAAAUGCACUUUUUACAAAAAUAAUAAUUUUAUAAUGAAAUAUAGUGUGGCAAAUCAUUAUCGAAACAAAGAUACUGAAAGCUGAAACUCUUUAACAAAUGUUGAUAUUCCCUUAAAUAUAUCCUUGAUGACCACAAUUUUAGAUACCGUAAAUAAUGCUCUUCAGCAAAGGAUUGUAAUGUGAUUGGUUGAUGGAUAUUAUCACAUGAUGUUUCCAAUGUAUUUGAUAAGCGUUAAAAUAUACUCUAUUGUAUAUAUAUGUCCUUGUGGCAGAGUGGUGAAAACUUCAGUUUAAUAUUUUUUCUUGACUGUACUGGAUUGGGUUUGCUCCCCUGGGUAAGACUAGAAUUCCGGUAUCAAAGAGUUUAAAUAGUUAUAAAAUAAGUGUUUUUAUGCAUAACCAGGAAAAAUAACUUAUGGUCCAAAAACAUGAGCGAGUCCCUUUAAUGCUUUUAAAACCAAUUGGUAAAUGAUUUUUAAUAAGUCUGUUUUUCAAAGAAAAAAAACAGUUGUGGUAUUGUGUCAAAGCCUUGGUGUCAUUGUCGUCGUUGGCGGCAGAGCUCAUUACUUAACAAGAACAAAAAUACUUGGCCAUAACUCUAAAAAUUUCAAGAUAUUCAAAUGGAACUUGGCACACAUGUUGCCAGAGAUAAAACCCACAGGUUUAGCAAUGCUUAUAACUCUGGCUUUAGUAAGUGUGGACAAAUGUAUUCAACUGAAAAACAACAACAUAAGUUACAUUACUGUUGACAUUGGCUCAGAGCGCUUUUGUUUUUAUUGUAUGCUAUUGUAUAUUUCAAGAUAAUGGGAACUCUGAUUAUACAAGAUUAUCAUCAUUCUAAUGCAAUAACACAAUAACUGCAUAUGUAAAUAGAAGCAGAUAUUGAGUUCUUGCACUAAGAUGACGGAUUAUAUACCAUCUACUUCUAACAGAGAAAUUUGGUUAAUGUAUUUAUCACUCUUUUAGUGUUAAAGGGACUAGACACGAGAUGGUUGGAAAAUUGGCAAAUACAGUAAUUCCUCAAAACAAGCCUAAAAUUAUCAAUAAGGGCUAGUAUGCACUAUCAUGUUGUCUAACAAGCUGUUUCAGCUAAAAUUCCCUGUCGGGGUCUUUGUCUACAUUGUAUUGCAGCAGUUUUCCACUUCAUUUCACUGUCUGUCCUGGAAAGCCAUUAUGAGUGUAUAUUUAGCAUUUGAAAUAAAAUAAAUAUGUCGAUAAAUACACCACACCAGUAAGUAAGAAUUUUGGAAUUGCGAAAUCUGGUGUCUAGUCCCUUUAAUUAUUAAUUGUUCAUGGUGCUGAUUGCCUGUACUAAAUGCAGCUGCAAUGUCAUAUUGAGAUUAGAAGGUUUUUAAUAACAUUGAAGGUCAGAGUAAAUUAAAACAGCUGCUGAGACGAACAAUAGUUUUCAUUAUUUUAUUGAUAAUAUAGGUAAUGAACUUUGUUGUCACCUUGUUGGAUUUAAAUGUAAUUUUUUGUAAAAAAAAAACAUUGUGCUUUUUAGAUUUAUGAGUUUAUUUUUUGUUUCAACGCAUUCUUCAUUGACGAUCUUUUUAGAGGUAAAUUUGAUACUUUAAAAAGGGUGAAACAUUAAUGUACUGUACUAUGUAACUGUGUGUGAUGUUGUCAUAAUCACAACUGCUUGACUGUCAAAUGCGUUCCUUGCAAACCCUUCUGAAUUCGUAAGUGUAGUUAGUUUUAUAUAUUCAUUGUUUGUUAUGAUCUUACUAUUAAAUGAUACAAAUUCUU